AUUUCCAAAAAUAAAAAAUUCUUUACCUUUCACUUUCUCACUCUUUCUCUGCUACUUUCUCAUCACUCACUCAUACACAGUUACACACUCUCAUUCCCAUUUCCACAAUCAUAGCAAUUCAAAGCUUCUACUUUUUUCACUCACUCACUAAAAAAACAAACAAUUUUACCUCAAUUUAUCUCAUUUCAAUUCAAUGCUGUCCAAAAAAGAAACCUUUUCUCUUUCUAGGGUUUUGUGUUCAAAUCCCACUACUCCAUAAAAUUCAAAUUUUCAAACCAACCCCAAUUUCUAUUUCAACAAAAAAUCAUUUCUUUAUCAUCUUUUACUUCAAUUCCAUCUCUGAAAACGUGAAAUUUUGAAUUGGGUAUUCGGCAUUGAACUUCUAAAGAGAUUUUCAGAUUAAGAUUCUAGAAUCUAGGGUUUUGCAAUGUCGGGUCCACCGAGAGUUCGAUCCAUGAAUGUGACUGUUGGAGAUUCUGAUUCCAUUCCUACCGGGAACAAGGCUCCUCCUGUUAAGACGGUGAAGAAACCGUUGCUGGAAACGGAGAAGAAGAAUUUGGAGGUGGUUAUGAACUCACAAUGUGUGUUGGUUACUCCGGCGAUUUCGAAGCGGAGGGAUCAACAUCAACUGGCAGGAGUGAAAAACCUGUCGAUGAAUGUUUCCUGUUCAUCGGAUGCUUCUUCGACGGAUUCUUCAACUUACAGCAGUGGUGCAUCGUCGAGUGGGAAGGUGGCGAGGCGUGUGAGGAAGAAGCAAGUUGGUUUGAAGAUUGAGAAGGUGAACAUUGAUGCUAUGGCUGUUCCUGUUGAGGUGGAUUCAGCUGAUGGCUUGGAGGGCAAGAAAAGGUGUGCAUGGGUUACACCAAAUACAGAAUCAUGUUACAUUGCUUUUCACGAUGAAGAGUGGGGAGUUCCUGUUCACGAUGACAAGAAACUGUUUGAGUUGCUCAGCUUCUCUGGAGCCUUGGCAGAACUCUCUUGGCCAACCAUUCUCAGAAAACGGCAGUUAUUUCGGGAAGUAUUUUUGGAUUUCGAUCCAUGUGCUGUUUCAAGAAUGAAUGAGAAGAAGAUAUUUGCACCAGGAAGUCCUGCCAGCUCAUUGCUGUCAGAGCUCAGGCUGCGAUCCAUAAUUGAAAAUGCACGUCAGAUGUGUAAGGUAAUAGAAGAGUUUGGUUCCAUUGACAAUUACAUUUGGAACUUUGUGAACAAUAAGCCUAUAGUCAGCCAAUUCCGAUACCCGCGCCAGGUACCUGCCAAAUCUCCAAAAGCAGAAGUCAUAAGUAAAGACCUCUUAAAGAGAGGAUUCAGGAGCGUGGGACCAACCGUAAUCUACACUUUCAUGCAAGUGGCUGGGCUAACAAAUGACCACCUUAUCAGUUGCUUCAGAUUCAAGGAGUGUAUCUUCUCCAAUGCAGAAGCAGAAGUCAAAGAAAGCAGCUCCCUCAACUCUAAGGUCAAAGAGAAGUCAAGUGAGGAUUCAACCAAUGUCGGUCUGUUGCUUGCUGUGAACAAGUUGAGCUUCUCCUCUUAGGAAACGGAUUCCCUGCAAUCAGUGUUCACUCGAUGAUCUCAACCGUUCAUAAAAAAAUGUCUAGUUGAGAUUCCGAGUUUCUGAUUUGUCAAAGUCACGAUGUGAAGCUGUUUGGUCUCUAUCAAACGGUUUAGAUAUAUUGUCUACCGUGACUGUAGGAAAUUUCGUCAACCGGGAAUCAGGGUCCCUCCACUUAGUCACACAAUGGCUUUGGUUAAAUGGUCAUAUUGUUGUUAAUCUACUAGUUGUUAGGGAAGUUGGGUAGGUUGUGUACUUGUGUUGUGUACAAAAUCCAUACAGAUAUGAUUGAAUGAAACAGCCGGGAAGGCAGUAAGUUGUAUUGAAAAGCAGAUUGACCUUUUGUAAUUUUGCA